AUGUCGACUGAAAAAUCACCUAGUGGUGAACAAUCUACAGAAACUGUGAGACAAGGUACAGCAGGUACCGUUGGAGAAUUAUCAACUCAAAAUGAAACGGGAGGAUGUGCAGGUCAAACAGGUAGUGAAACAGGUACAGCUGGACAAAUAUUACCAACAGCAUCUGCUGAAAGUAGUAUGAAAGCAACAUUGGGUACAGGUGGUGCUUCUAAUACAAGUUAA